GACAGCAUCUCAUCACUGCCAUUGCAGAUCAGAUGUUUGGAUUCAAGACAACUUCAUGGGAGCUGGGCCGUCAACGAAGUGUCAUUGAGCUGGACACCCCCUCCAUGACAGCAGAGCAAAUAGAGGCCCUGGAGAGGAGCGUGAAUGAGAAAAUCCGGGAGAGGGUACCCGUGAUGGUGAGGGAACUGGCUGCAGAUGACCCUGAAAUUGAAACAGUGAGAAGCCGUGGUUUGCCAGAUGACCACGCAGGGCCAGUGCGAGUUGUUGACAUCGAAGGCAUAGACUCCAACAUGUGCUGUGGGACUCACGUCUCCAACCUGAGUGACUUGCAGGUUAUUAAACUCCUUGGCACAGAAAAAGGGAAGAAGAACAAGACCAACUUGGCUUUCCUGGCAGGAAACAGAGUGCUGAAGUCAAUCGAGCAAAGUCACAGUACUGAGAAGGCUCUGACCUCACUGCUCAAAAAUGGACCAGGUGAGCAUGUAGAGGCUGUGAGGAGACUGCAGAGUUCUGUGAAACUGCUUCAGAAGAAUAACUUGAACCUGCUCAGAGACAUUGCUGUUCUGGUAGCCCGGGACUUCAAGAGCAAACCUGUUCGAAGUCAGCUGUUUGUGUUACACAGGAAAGAGGGUGACUCUGAAUUUAUGAAUAUCAUCGCUAAUGAAAUUGGGACAGAGGAAACCCUGCUGUUCCUGACUGUGGGAGAUGAAAAAGAAGCAGGACUCUUUCUUCUAGCUGGACCUGCUGAAGCAGUUGAGCAUUUAGGUCCCAGGGUGGCAGAGCUGCUGGGAGGCAAAGGAGCUGGGAAGCGAGGCCGCUUUCAGGGCAAGGCAACCAAGAUGAGUCGGCGGGGAGAAGUGCAAGCUCUGCUUCAGGAAUUCAUCGGCCAUCGGAGCGCUGAAGCAUAAGCAUAAUGUUUGAA